UUCUUUAAGAAUUGAGUUUAAAAUUUCUCUACACAAAUCUCACCUAUUUAUGAAUGUUCCAACUUUCUUAACCUCCUUCUCAGUCAAAAUGUAGCCCUCUUUUGAGAUUCAGAGGGCUUUUUAUCCCCAAAAAUCUGCUUAUUUCCACCCUUUUUCACUAUCAGUAAAGCUGCCUUUGAAGAUAUCCUGGUCGCUUCGAAGAAAUGCAAGAGUCUGGACCUCGAUGACCAAGUCGACUUUGGAGACCUCUUGAUGAUUUUGGGUUUAGUGCUAUUGUACUAAGUGGUACUACUAACGGCGACCACUCAUACUUCAAGGCUGAUGAUUAUAGGAGGUUGAGGAAUUUGGUCAAUGGACUCGCCAAUGUGAAGGGAAUGGAGGAAGCUCACCUCGAUAUUGAGUUCAAUGAUAGCGGGAUGGAGAGACACAGAGUAGAAGAGAUUUUCAAUGAAGCAGGAUUAAAUAAAAUAAGAUUCCAUGGCUUGUAA